AAAAAAUCGAAACGCGUGAAAUUUUCUAUAUUUUAUACAUUUGCCGCAAUAACUAAUACACAUACAUUGAAUUCAAACAUACAGCCCAUUAUCACAUUUGCCCCGAACUCUGGGUUAAAUGUGAUAUAAUGGGCUUGUUUUAAAAAAAUACAUCCUACAAAAAAAGUAGGUAUUAUGAUAUCUAUCCUGAAAAUACAUUACCAGAUAAUAAGCAUGUUAGAAAUGUAUUGUAAUUUAUUUCAAAAUUUUAUUGGUUAUACUUUUCAUUUGGCAGCGCUAUAAAUUCAACCUAUUAAAAAACUAUAUCACAAUAAUUAACCCACUUCGCCUUAAACCAAUUUAUUUAAAAAAACGACAGUUUUGACGGGCAAUUGAUGUACUACUUUAUAGAUUUUUUGUUUAUGUUGCGCCAACAAAUUCACCUCGAUUUUUUCCAUUAAACCUAAUUUCGCUAACCUAUCGAUAACAGGGAAAUGUUAAAUAGAUACGCCGGCGAAGUUUUAUCCAUUACCAACGUUGAUUGAAAAAUGGAAGGGUUUGAUAUACACGACACCGUAGCUCUUGUUACAGGAGGUGCAUCUGGUUUGGGGUUUCAAUAUUCCCUCGCGUUAUUGGAAAAAGGAGCCAGGGGUGUCACGUUGGUAGACAUUCUCCCUGAUGAUGCAGGAAGCAAAGCCAUUGAUGAGAUUGAACGCAAGUUCGGAAAAAACAAAGCAAUAUUCGUAGAGGCUGAUGUAACUAACUACCAAAAACUUGAAGAUGCAUUUAAAAAAACAGUAGAAACCUUCAAGAACAUUGAUAUCUUAAUAAACAAUGCUGGAAUUGCUAAUGAUGCAAUUUGGCAAAGAGAAUUGACCGUAAAUAUUAACGGAACUAUCCACGGUAUCCUAUUGGGCAUGGAUCACUAUAUUCCAAAAUACAAAUCCCGCUCAGAGGGACUUAUAUUAAAUGUAUCGUCAAUAUCAGGUAUCCAGCCUUUUGCCACUCGUCCCAUCUAUACUGCUACCAAGUUUGCAAUCCACGCAAUGACGUUAAGCUGGGGACUUCCAGCUCAUUAUAACAGAACCAGGGUUAGAGUUGUAGGCGUGUGUCCUGGAUUCACAAUAACUUCCAUGACUUCGGGUACUUUGAAUAGAUGUUUGAGCUCUGAGUAUAAAGUCAACGAAGCGAGGGAGUUGGAUGCUUUACCCAAACAAAAACCAGAAGAAUUGGUGCCAAACGUUAUAAAAAUAAUUGAGAAGGCACCCCCUGGUACUGUGUGGGUAGCAGAAGGAGCAGAGCCAGCCUAUCAGUAUGAGAUGAAAGAUCGUUUCAAUAUGGAAAAGGUUUAUUUAGAAUAAAACUAUUAUUAUUAUUGCUUACAUUGUAUCCCUCAUUUUUCUUUUCAUAGUUUCUGUUUUCUUACUAAUUUAUGUUAUUGAUUGUGUUCGCCUAACCUCAAAUUCCAAUGCGCUGAUGCGCACUUUUUGGGCCGGCAAAGUUCUCUUAUGCCCUCCGAGUAGCAUAUACCAACAUACCUGAAAAAAAUAAAAUAAUUUAGACAAAUCUAAGGCUAAGA